GUAACAGAGGCAACAAAAUCCUAUUUGACUGUUCACGUGUAUUCUUCCUCUGUAAUCAAUAAGUUUUCUUUUCUCUCUCUCUCUCUCUCUCUCUCUCUCUCUAACCCAUUCCGGUUUAAAAAGUAAGGGAAGACGACAUUCAACCUAGUCACACAAGCAUAGUCAAUUUUUUCAAAGUUUCGAUCUCGCGCAAAAUAUUUUAUUCAGGGAUUUGUUUUUUUAAAUCUGUGAAAGUCAAAACAUUUGCGCUUUUGCUAACAUCAAAAGUGAAUAUCUUUCUACUAUUUAACACAAGUAAAAUAAGCUAUUCGUUUACUGUGUAAUAUUGUGCAGCAUUUGUGACAUAAUAACCAAUUUGGAAAGUUAUUAAAUUGAUUAGUAAUAUUUCUUGAAUUGAAAAGAAUAGUUACCUAACAAAAUGGACUAUCCAGAUCCAGAUGCCGGUUAUGUGGAUGAAGAUGAAGAAGAGAUACCAAUGGCUGAGAGGGAAUUGGCUGAAGAUGCUGAAUGGAAGCUUAUUCAAAAAAACACUUUCACUAGAUGGGCAAAUGAACAUCUUAAACCUAAAAAUGUUACUGUAGAUGAUUUACAAUUUGACUUAGCUGAUGGUCUUCGUUUGAUUGCAUUGGUUGAGUCAUUAUCUGGGCAACAAUUUAAACAUGUUAAUAGAAAACCAAGUUUUCGUACCCAGAAAUUAGAAAAUGUUACAAUGGUUUUAAGAUUUCUUGAAGAGAAUGAAGGUCUUCGUCUAGUGAACAUAGAUAGUUCAGAUAUUGUUGACUGUCGUAGUAAGCUUAUACUUGGUUUAAUUUGGACUCUUAUUUUGCAUUAUUCAAUAACAAUCCCACUUUGGGAAGGUGAACCUGAUUUCGGAGCUCAAGGUCCAACACCAAAACAACGUCUCUUAUCAUGGUUAAAUAAUAAACUAGCUGAUCGACCAGUUAAAAAUUUCACAACAGACUGGAAUGAUGGUAUUGCAAUCGGUGCACUAGUUGAUGCUUGUGCACCAGGUUUAUGCCCUGAUUGGAGAGAAUGGGAACCUAAACAAAAUCUACGUAAUGCUCGUGAAGCAAUGGGUGCUGCUGAACAAUGGUUAGAUGUUCCACAAUUAAUACGUCCAGAAGAGAUGACUAAUCCUAGAGUUGAUGAAAAAGCUAUGAUGACAUAUUUAAGUCAAUUUCCUAGUGCUAAAUUAAAAGAUGGUGCACCUUUAAGACCAAAAUCAAAUCCUGGCCUUGUUCGAGCUUAUGGUCCUGGUCUGGAACCACAUGGAAAUACUGUUGGUAAUCCUGCACGAUUUACUAUUGAUACAUUUAGUGCUGGUCGGGGUGCUGUUGAAGUGAUUGUGCUGAAUCCUAAAGGACAAAGAGAACCAUGUGAUGUACUCAGUAAUAAUGAUAAACAACAAACUUAUUCUUGUGCUUAUGUUCCAACACAAGAAGGUGAAUACAGGGUUAUCAUUAAAUUUGCCACUAAAGAGAUUUUAAAUUCACCAUUUAAAGUUAUGGUAGAAGGUGCACAAGGUGAUGGAAGUAAAGCAACUGCAUCUGGUCCAGGAAUUGAACCAACUGGGAAUCAAGUUGGUCGACGUACAUUCUUCAAUAUAUUCACUGCCGCUGCUGGACCUGGAAAUGCAGACUGUGUAAUUCUAGAUCCUCAUGGCCGACGUGAUGCUAUUAAACCUUUGAUAACUCGUCAAGGUGAAGAUAAUUAUCUUGUAGAAUAUACACCAAAAGAUGAAGGACUUCAUUCAGUUAAUGUAUUUUAUGCUGGUCAACAAAUAUCAAAUUCACCAUUUGGUGUGAUGGUUGGUCCACGACCACCACCAGUAGUACAAUCUCCUGCACCAAUAGUUAACCAAGAAGCUCCAUUGCAAGCAACACAGUCACCUAGGAAAAUGUCUCAACCACAACGACCAGCCUGUGAUCCAAAACAAGCUUAUGCCACAGGUCGAGGAAUUCAACCUCAAGGUAUACGAGUCAAAGAUUUGGCUGAUUUUAAAGUACAUACAGAAGAUGCUGGUGAAGGUCCACUAGAAGUGUCUGUAAUUGCUCCAGAUGGUAGAGGAAUUCCUUGCACAAGUCGAAAAACUGGUGCCUAUUUGUUUGACUGUAGUUACACACCUCAACGACCAGGUACACAUCAAGUUAAUGUUCGAUAUGGUGGAGAUCAUAUUAUGCUAAGUCCAUUUACGGUGGAAGUUGCUCCUUACAAAGAAUCACGUAUAAGAGCAUUUGGUCCAGGUCUCGUUGGUGGUGUGGUCAAUAAACCAGCUGUUUUUGUUGUGGAAACAAAUGGUGAAACUGGCGCUUUAGGUUUUUCAAUCGAAGGUCCAAGUGAAGCAAGAAUUGAUUGUACAGAUAAUGGAGAUGGAUCAGCUACUGUAGCUUAUUGGCCAACAGCUCCUGGUGAAUAUGCAGUUCAUAUUUUAUGCAAUGAUGAAAAUAUACCAAAAUCUCCUUUCAUGGUUCCAAUUGAACCAGAUAUGGGUAAAUGUGAUCCUGAAAGAGUUAAAGCACAUGGACCAGGUAUAAUGCCAACUGGCAACGUUGCUGGUCAACCAACUGAAUUUACAGUAGAUAUUAGAGAUUCUGGUGGUCCUGCCCCAUUGACAGUUGAAUGCAGAGACAAUGAAGGUGAACCAGUUGCAUUGAAAGUUCGUGAUAAUGGCGAUGGUACUUAUACAUGUAGCUAUACACCUAAAGUUCCUAAAAAACACACAGUCCUUGUUUCCUACGGUGGAGUCAAUAUACCUAGAAGUCCUUUCAGGGUUGAAGUAGCUGAACCUAGUAAUCCAGGAAAAGUACGAGUUUUUGGUCCAGGUGUAGAAAAUGUUACUAGAGGUCAACCAACCUAUUUCACAGUAGACUGUAAACAGGCUGGACAUGGUAAUGUCGGAAUUAGUGUCACUGAUGAAGCUGGACGUGAUGUUGCUAUGGAUACACAGGAUAUGAGAGAUGGAACAUUUAAAGUUGCUUAUACAGCUAAUACACCGGGGCCUUAUUAUACUGUACAAGUAUUUUUCAAUAAUCAAGAAGUUCCACGUAGUCCAUUUAAAGUACCUGUUAAACCAAAUAUCGAUAUGUCGAAAAUUCAUGUUGAAAAUCUUGAACCAACUAUCACUACUGGUGUACCAACUGAGUUUGAUGUGAUAACUGCGGGUGCAGGCCCACCAAAUAAUAGUAAACCGAAACCAACUGUAACAGUGAAAUCUCCGAACGGUAUGCGUGUACCAUGCACUUUAGCUGAAAGCGUUGAUGGAUAUACACCUUCCUUUACACCAACUGUUGUUGGGCCUCAUACUGUUGCUGUUGAAGUUGGAGGUGUACCAGUCAAAGGUAGUCCAUUUCGUACAAACGCCAUUCCACCAGCUGCAGUGCAAGAGCCUAUCUAUCCAAAAGAUUUCGGACGUCAGCAGGCUACUUCAGCACCUAUUUCUGGACCUGAAGCAGCAGCUUUGGUCCGUGCAUAUGGUGACGGACUUUAUCGUGCAAUAGCUGGAAAGCAGGCAAAAUUCACAAUCGAUAGUCAAGAUGCUCCACCUGCUCCACUAAGUGUUACAAUUGAAGGACCUGCAGAAGCUAAAAUAAAUUAUAACGAUAAUGGUGAUGGAACAUGUGGCGUAGAUUAUUUACCAACUGAACCAGGACCAUAUGUUGUAAAUGUUUUAUACAAAGAUACACAUAUUAAAGGAAGUCCAUUCCCUGUAAGAGUAGCUCCACCUGGAAGAGAGCAUAUCGAUAUAUCCCGAGUUCAUGCCUACGGUCCUGGAUUACAACCAACUGGUGUUUUCAAAGAAUCAUUUGCUAAAUUCACAGUUGAUGCUAAAGCGGUUGAUCCACAAAGUAGAGGAAUAGUUAAAGCUAUUGUAGUUAGUCCGAAUAAACAAAGAACAGCAUGUUUAAUACAAAAUAAUGGUGAUGGAACAUAUAAAUGCAGUUAUUCACCAAUAGAUGAUGGCUUACAUCACGUUGAAGUUACAUAUGAUGGAGCACCGGUACCUGGUAGCCCCUUCCCAGUAAAUGUUGCUCCUGGAUGUGAUCCAACAAGAGUAAGAGCUUACGGUCCAGGUUUAGAAGGAGGCUUCACUCAUGAGCCUCAAAGAUUUACGGUCGACUUAGAUGGUGCGGGUCAAGGUGCCCUUGGGUUAGCUUUAGAAGGGCCAGCUGAUGCGCAAAUACAAUGUCAAGAUAAUAAAGAUGGAACAUGUACAGUGGACUACUUACCGACACGGGCAGGAACAUAUGAUAUCUUUGUUAAAUUUAACGAUAUGAAUAUUCCAGGCAAUCCAUUUCAAGUUCCCAUACGAGAUGUGGUUGACCCAACUCGUGUUCGUUGUUAUGGUCCAGGUCUAGAGCCUAGAGGAGCACGAGCGCAACAGCCAGCUCACUUUACUGUCGAUGCUUCACAGGCAGGAGAUGCGCCAAUCCAAGUUGCAACAGUUGAUCGUGUUGGAAGAACAACACCAGCACAUAUUGUUCCACGAUCAAAUCAACCAGGUGUCUACGAUGUGACAUAUAUUCCAGAUACCGAUGGUCCAUGUCAAAUUGAAGUUAAACAAGCAGGAAAUCAUGUAGCUCGAUCACCAUUCACUCAACAUGUUUUACCAGCUUUUGAACCACAACGUGUGCGUGUAACAGGUGAAGGUGUUCAUCCAACUCGUCCAUUAGGACUUCCAGCUACUCAACCGACUUCUUUCCAAGUAGACACAAGAGAUGCAGGUCUUGGAGAUUUAGAAUUAUCAGUUAUGAAUGAUAUUGAACCGAUCACAGCAGGUUUAACGAUACAUAAAAUAUCUGAUAAACAUCAUCCUCCAUUAUCAUAGAAUUAGAACAAUUAAAGAUAGUAUUCACCUACUUCAUUUGGAUUUCAUCAUUUAUCUUUCAUAUUCACUAGUUGGUUAAAUUAUUCCUCAAUUAUUGUGUGUUUCUUCAAAUGAUUUAGGAUAUUCGAUGUGAUAGUUGUGUUUAGAUGUGAUUACUAUCUUGAUUUCAAAUGGGAUUCAAGUAUUUUUUAUCUAUCAAAUACAUAAAGAUGAUAGUAAUAUGGAAUAAUGACAUUGAAUAAUUAGUAAUACUUUCAGCUUGUUUAUUACAUCAUAGUAUGUUUGGUACUCUUCUUAUGUAUGUAUGUAUGUAUGUAUGUAUCUCUGUUCUGUAGAUUUUCUAAUAAUCUCCAUUUGAGAUCAUGUAAUAUAGUUGAUCUUGCUGAAAUAGAUGAAUAAUUUUACUAUCCUUGAGUCAACUUUUCAAAAAAAGUGUACGUUCUUAUUAUACUUUGUAUAGAUGAUAGCAUCCGAAUAGAAGACUGAUAUUUCUGCAUGUUUAGGACUUGUCAAAUGAGUGUAUUUCGGCGAGACUCUAAUUUAUGGACGACCUUUGAACGAAUCUUAAGUGACCUUGAGGAAUAUUAGUUAAUCAGCAAACAGUCAGUAUCGAGUAAAAAUAUGUUAUACAAAACCAAGGAAAUAAAGUGGAUACACUUCUUAUACGUGGUUCAAAAACUUGUCAAGGUUAGAAAGAGGUUCAGAGGUUCUAAAAUCAUAAUGCAUGCAGUAGAGGAAAUCAUCCAUACGGCUACCGAAUAGUCAGCAUCUGGAGCCAUGAUAAAGUCUCAGAAACUCUUUCAGCCUUGACCACAUAGCUUCAAUAUUGUUUGUGUGUACUCCAGUUGUUGAGUGCACAAAAUGCUACUUGUGGAUAACGACACGAUGCAUAUAAACAAGCCUAUGUAGGAGUCUCCAAUCAUCCGUAUAUAUUGUAGUACCUGGCUGCAGCCAGUGUUACUGGUGCUUUUAUAAUCCAGUUCGUGAUAAUGGUCGUAAUUCACCUUAGUUAGAAAUUAUGUAUGGGGUUUUCAUCACGAACUGAUAUCAGCUAUAAUGCCAGAAGUUUAUUUAGCCAAAUGGAUGGAAGGAUUUCGCGUUUAAAUCCGAGAUCUAUUAUUUUAUACCUGAUUGAUUCGUCCACAAAUUAUAGUCCCGCCGUUUUAUUUAUUAUAGCCGCUUAAUUAUCGCAUUUUGUACAAAAUUCCCAGUGAACCGAUUGUACGUUAGCAUUGAGCACUGAAGUUGCGCCGUAACCUUGUGAUCUCUAAAACGCCUCUGAUUGGCUCGUCCAUAAAUUAAAGUCUGGCCGAUAUUUCUACUAAGAAUGGAAUUUACUACCGAUCACUCGGAAGAUCAGAUCAUUGUUUAUAGGGCUAUUAAAUAACAAUAGAUACCAGUGUGUUUAAAUUAUACGUGUUUAAAGAGUGUACAUGUGAAUAUAUACUGAUCAAACUGGCAAUGAAUAUAGUAGAAAUCCUUACAACUAAUAAUUAGGGUCAUUUUAAAGCACGAAUUCCACAAAACCAGAGUAGAUAUACUCGGACGGAGAAUAUCAUCUCAAUAAAUGUUAUAUUUGUAGACAAUUCUCAAAAUAGACUAACAAACAUAAAAAUAACAAAAUUCAGAGUGAACGGGAUGAUAAAUGUGGUGAAUAGUGAAACAAUUUCAGGAUUUGAAAUUAUCAACUAACUGGUAUCUCGUUUCGCAUAUGAUUUAGUGUACUUGUAGUGUCGGUUGCUAUGUUAACCCACAUAGUUUAUUCUAGCUUCUGGACAAGCCAAUCUAUUUAUCUUUCUUGGGUGACAUUUUGACCUUGUUAAUUAUUCACUUAUCAACCUUGACUGUUUUUAUAUGAGCGUAUGGGUGUGCAUUUCUUAUCUUACCCAUCACAUAUCUUGCAACUUAUAUUUGUCUGACUAUAAAUAUCGAUUCACGCUUGGUUAAAUCGAGUUGUCUGACUCGCCUCCUCCAUCUCGUGUUGUUUUGUUUUGCUUCCCUUUUCGAUCAAUGAUUGUAUGGAAUUUAGGUAUUUGAAAUCGAUUCUCGUAUUUGAAUUAUUUGAUUCCGUUAUUCACUAACGUUAGUUAAGUCAAUGAAUAUAUACGAGGAUUGGUGAUACGUCUAUCUCGGUAGCAAUUAUUCAUCCGAUCUAACUGGAGUCAGAUAUAGGGCCACUAAAUACUAAAGUAGUUUGUUAGUGGAAAGUGAUAAAUAGGAAUGCAAAUGGCACCUUAUUUAUUUACAGUUUGCCUACUAAUUCCAUAUUAUAAUAAAGACUACUUCCAAAGAUACGUCUUCUGUUUAAUCAUAGAAGUUGGGGUAAGAUGCAUAUUUUUCAUUAACAUUCUAGAAAGCUAAAAUGUAAGUUGAUACAAACAGAAGAUCAAAACACGUGAAAUUGAAUUAUGUUUGAAAGCUAAUGACCACUUGUUAGGUAUUCGAGCUGUGCAUUCUGUCAUAAAAAGUAUCAUAUACGUAGUACUGUUUUAUAGGGGAGAAUAUCGUAUUUUAAAUUUUGGAACUAUCUUACGGAGAACUAUUGUUUAUUUUUUCAUUGCAUAACUAUUAGAUACUUGACCAAUUGUACCCUAACAUUAUCCUGGCUUUAAGCUUUCCUUUGACGCACAUACUACUGUUCUUUCUCUUGCCUUUUCUCAGUUAUUGUUAUCUAGUUAUUGACCUAUUACUUAGUUCUCGUUCAGGAAUUUAUAUCGAUAUUUGGUGUGGUAUACAACCCGUUUUCACACUAGUUUGAGUUAAACUGUACGGUAGAAGUCUGUCUGCUGUGUUAUUGUUCUAUCGUGGCUGUCGAGUCAAAAAGUGUGAGAAACUGCGUUCUAGGUUUAUAAAUGUUAAAUAAUGACCUCAUUCAUAACCUCACUGUAAUUUAGUCAUUGGCUGACAAUUUAGGUGGACCAAUAACAAGUCAGACCAGAAAGAUAACAUAACUGCUUCUAUAAUUAUGACCCAACCAGGUAGGCCUCAAAAUCAAAUAUGCAUCUUCUGUUUUUUGCAUCAUGCACCCAACAGUUAUUAGACAAGAUAAAAUGAACGUUUAAUGCUUGUUAAUUUCCCUAUUUGACUAGUAUUGGCAUAUAAACUGAAUGAGGGCUAUUUGAUAUAAAAAUAGGAUAUUACUGACUAAUAUAAAUCAAAGUUACCUUUACUGACUAAAGAUUAUUAAUUGUCAAACGAAUAAAUUUCAACAACAUAAUGGACACUUCAUUUAGCUAGAAUACAGACAUAGAAAGGAAGACAACAUAAUGAGUAUCCAUAAACUAGACCUGAAAUGGUAAAAUGCUUAUUCGUUGGAAUCAUUUUCAUAACUCACACGUGUUAUCCACGAGGUGUUUGAGGCGAACGGUAACGGGUUCGAGUCCCAGAGUGAAUAACAACCAGCUAAAAAGUCCCAGACAGGAGGAAAUGCACGUCCUGGAUUACACCGUUGGCCACCAUCCACCUCUGCUUAUCGUUCACAUAGUUGGUGUCGAUGGUUGUUGUUAUUAUAGAAAAACUGAUAUAAAACAACACAAUGCAGUUUCUUUUCGAUCAGUGUUGUAAAUCGAGAUUGUUUAGUACACUUCAAUUUUAAUGAAUAAUUUUCUAUACGUGUCAAAACAAUCAAGUCACUUCACCUUGUUAAAAAUAUCGUUUGUGCAGAAUUUUAUUUGCCCAUUUUCAUAUGUAAAUGAAAUGAAAUGAAUUUGUUUAACUUGAAGAGAAGUUGAUUACUUAAGAACGAAAUAUUUAAAUAACAUAAAGUUUUCAGUAGUCUGCAAGGUAAUUAUAUCAAGCAAUUAAUUCAAACCACUUAUUGAACAGCACAAACAUGAUUUCUUGGGACAACAAAUUAACUUUCAAUAUGGAGUUGUAGAGAUUUUUGAAUUUUAUUGACAAUACGAACCGAUCAUUGAAAACCUGGAGGAACUAGACAGCUGCUUCGUCUUUGUAUGGGACUCCUCAGCAGUGAGCAAUCAUGACCCCGCUACCUGAAAUCGAACACAGGACAUUCAGUUUAAGGUAGCAAUGCAUAAGCUCUAAACCAAUGAGCCGGUAUCCAACAGUGUUAGUGUCUAACUCUAAUCAACACACAAUAUUGUGCAACCUUCAUCCAUUGCUUGUGAUUGAUAACUAUCUCAUACUCAACAUAGUUGAAUUCUACUAGUCACAGCUUAUUAGUAGGGCUCCGGGAAUUUUCUCUCAAAGCUAGUCACUGGUGAGUACAUGAUAACUAUCACCAUAGCAGCAUAUUACAAAAGCAGAUUGAUUAUUGGAACUGAAGGUUUACAUCUACAUUUCCAGAAUAAAUGGUGAGAUUCAUGUGAACGCUACAUUCAACAUUGAGAAUUGACGAACUGUAAACCUAUGUUUUAAAUCCGUAACCAAUAUUUUUUUUUGGUUCCUACAUACACACAUAUAGAUUCUUUUCAACUAUUAUCACAAAUUUUGAAGUAAGUUGAAACUUUCAAAAAAGUGUUUCUCAUUUGGACUUAUCCUUAUUGACGUAGUAGAAUAAUUGAAAUAAUGUAAUGUACUUCAUCCAUCAUUUUUAAGCAUACCAUCAUAAAUAAAAGUGUACUGGAAGGCGAUAAGUAUGAUGUGUCGUUGGACUUGAUUGACCUAAUAGGUAUAUAGUCUCGAUAAAAUGUGGAUGAUAAAUUCCCAGAGGUUAUUCAUCCUGGAACAAAUUACUACAAGAAAAUGAUAGGUAAUGAGUUUUCUUUCAAGAAUUCUUUAGUUGACGUUAGUCCCUCAGUGUAUCCAUACUAUUGAGCAAUUCCCAUGUACUAAAAAAACACAUCAAUUUGAUUGUUUUGUUGUAGCACAUUUGUUUUUCGUGUUGUCACAGCUAACUUAGUUGUCCUCCUUACUGUUGUUGUGUCAAUUUGCAAAUCUAUUUGCAUGAAUCCUAAGAACUUAUGUAUGUAUGAUCAAGCAUUUCUGAUAACACGUAAUCUAAUUUAUAAUUUCAGGAUCCUGAUGGUCAACCAUUACAAUUAGAAGUAGUAGAUGUUGGAGAUGGAACAUAUAUAUGUCAUUAUAAACCAAUGAUUGUUGGACGUCAUACUGUACGAGUAAAAUAUGGUGGACAAGAAAUUCCUGAAAGUCCAUUCCUAGUACCAGUUGCACCAUCUGGACGAGCUAAUAUGUGUCGUAUAGAAAAUGGUAAUGAUAGCCGAAUACCUGUUGGUCAAGAAUGUGUUAUCAGUGUGAAUACAGCACAAGCUGGUGUUGGACAGUUAACUUGUCGUAUUGUUACACCGUCUGGAGCAACAGCUGAUGUUGAAAUUCAUGAAGCACCAAACGGUCGAGUUAAUAUUUACUAUACACCACCAAUUCGUGGUGAUUAUUUAGUUGAAAUAAGAUUUGGCGGUGAACUUAUACCAAAUGGAAGAUUUAACCAAAAAGCUGUCAACCCAGAGGAACUAAUGAACGAUGUUACUGAUCAAAGAGUACAGCAUGUAACUGUACAAUCUGUACAGUCUGUUCAGUCUUCAACAAUUACAACAGGAUAUCAUCCAGUUGAUUUUAAACUACCUGUUGGCCCAACAUUUAGUCAUGUGGAAGGUUUGGUUCGUACACCAAGUGGUCGAAUUUUACAUCCAACUUUACUGGAUAAUGGUGAUGGAACAGUAACAGCACAAUUUCAACCAAAUGAACCUGGGUUGCAUGAAUUAGAAAUAACUUAUAAUGGUCAACCAAUACCAGGUAGUCCUUUCAGAUUCUAUGUUGAAGCUGUUGGAUCUGGAAUUGUUACAGCUUAUGGACCAGGAUUAUCUUGUGGUCGUGCUGGAGAACCAGCAAAUUUCACUUUAAUUACACGCGAUGCUGGAGCAGGCGGAUUAUCACUUUCCGUUGAAGGACCAUCCAAAGCCGAUAUUCAAUGUGAUGAUAAUAAAAAUGGUACUUGUAGUGUAAGCUAUUUACCACUAGUACCUGGUGAAUAUACAAUAUCGAUUAAAUUCAUGGAGAAUCAUAUACCUGGUUCACCAUUCACAGCACAUAUAACCGGUGAAUCACGCAGAUUCAAUCAAGUUUGUGUCGGUACUACCAGUGAAAUGCCAUUGCGUAUUACAGAAACAGAUAUUUAUAAUCUUGUUGCAACCGUUCGUAGCCCAUCUGGACUUGAACAACCAUCAACAUUAAAAAGACUACCAAACGGACAUCUAGGUAUUUCAUUUACACCUCAUGAAAUUGGUGAACACUUUGUUAAUGUAUUCCGUAAUGGUCGACAUAUUGCUAAUAGUCCAUUUAAAAUUUAUGUUGGUGAAAAUGAAAUUGGUAAUGCAUCGAAAGUUCGUAUUUAUGGUAAUGGAUUAAGAGAAGGUAUGGCAAAUCAAAAUUGUCAAUUCACUGUGGAUACAAGAAAUGCUGGCUACGGUGGCUUGAAUCUAUCAAUUGAAGGACCAAGUAAAGCAGAUAUUGAAUGCCAUGAUAAUCAAGAUGGUACAUGUUUGGUUACAUAUCGUCCAACUGAACCUGGAACAUAUAUAAUUAAUGUUAAAUAUGCUGAACAACCAGUACCAGGCAGUCCUUUUGUAGUUCAUAUUGGUGGUGAACCAUCACUUAGAAUGAUGGAAAGAAUUACACGACAAAGAGAACUUGCUGAUGCAACAUAUGUAGGCAGUCAAUGUGAAUUAAAUUUAAAAAUUCCAGGAAUAAAUAUUCGUGAUUUGACAGCUAAUGUAACUAGUCCAUCAGGAGUAAGUCAACGAUGUGAUGUCUUAGCUAUGGAUGAUGUGAAUUACACCAUUAAAUUUGUACCACAAGAAAUGGGUGUACAUACUGUUUCAGUACGUCAUCGAGGAUCUCAUAUUUCUGGAAGUCCAUUUCAAUUUACUGUUGGUCCUAUUACAGAAGGUGGAGCUCAUAAAGUACAUGCUACCGGUCAAGGAUUACAAAAUGGUUUAACUUAUUCAUUAAAUGAUUUUAGUAUUUAUACUCGUGAAGCUGGUGCAGGUGGUUUAUCAAUUGCUAUUGAAGGACCAAGUAAAGCUGAAAUCAAUUUCGACGAUAGGAAAGAUGGUUCAUGUGGAGUUUCUUAUCGUGUAACUGAACCAGGUGAAUAUUUAUGCUCUAUUCGCUUCAAUGAUGAUCAUAUACCGAAUUCACCAUUUCGUGUUAUCAUAAAUGAAGCAAUGGAACGAACAUUCUAUACACCUGAAACUAAAUUAUUAAAUAUUACAAGUAUUCAAGAUCGUGGUCUGUCGAUUGGGCGUCCAACAGCAUUCACAGUUAAUUACUCGGGAAUGACAGGUAGAAUGAGAGCAUAUGUAGUAGCUCCAUCUGGAAUACAGUCAGAUGCACUUGUACACCAAGUGGAUGUUGAUCAGCACGCAGUACGAUUUACACCUCAUGAAAAUGGAGCACAUUUGGUGCAUGUACUAAUGGAUGAACGUCCAGUGCCUGGAAGUCCAUUCCGUGUAUUAGUUGGACAAGAAGAAACUGGUCAUGUUACAGCCAGUGGGGAAGGUUUGACUCAUGGACGUGUUGGUGAACGUAAUCGAUUCUUCGUAAAUACUGUUCAAGCUGGAAGUGGUGCUUUAUCAGUUACUGUAGAUGGUCCUAGUAAAGUUCAAUUAAAUUGUACUGAACGGUCAGAUGGAUACGAUUUCACUUAUUUGCCAUUAUCGCCUGGUGAAUAUCUUAUCAGUAUUAAAUAUGGUGAUUCACAACAUAUUAUAGGUUCACCAUAUAAAGCAAUUGUUACAGGAGAUGCUGUACACGAUACAAUCACAACUGAUACAACACAUGUUGUUGUAGAAACAGGAGGACGUUUAAUUAAUGGACCACAUUCUAAUCUUGGUCCAUCUAGACCAGAUCGUGUUACAUGCUCUGGACCAGGACUUAAACAAGCAUAUCUUAAUGAAACGAAUACAUUUACAGUUAAUGCAUCACAAGCAGGUCAUGAUGUACUAUAUGUUGGAGUAUCUGGACCAGUUGUAGCCUGUGAAGAAGUCAAUAUCAAACAUAUGGGUUAUGGACAAUAUUCAAUUAGUUAUACUGUACGUGAUCGUGGUCGUCAUUUAAUUAUGAUUAAAUGGGGUGAACAACAUGUACCAGGAAGUCCAUUCACUGUUGAUGUUAUCUAAUUCAAUCAAAUGUUGUUGUUUUUUUAAAGUCAUCUGUAUUACAAUUUAUCCAACCACCAAAUUUAGUAUCCAUCAUGACAACAUAACAAAUUUGAUGAUAAUUACACGCUUAUAAUUGUACUUUUAAAUGAAUAAUAAUAGAUAUUUCUUUACAUGAAUGUAAUCAUUACAAUAAAGUAUUAUACACAAAUAUAUAUUUACAUAUAUAAGGGGGGGGAGGUGAAUUGUUCCAAAAAAACACACACCAGUAAAACACCUAAUUUACAAAUGCCUAUUACAAAACAAUUUGCAUUGCUUUAAUCCUUCAUAGUUUUGUUUUUCUUUUACCCUAGGCUUUUCCGAAAUUUCUUUUCGCAUGAUUUGUUUCUCCUUUUUUUUUCUUUUUUGACUUUAAGAAUGACUAAAAUAAACAUUAAUCAUUGGAAAGUAUUCACUAUACAUACAGUAUCGUUCUUUGUUUCGUUAGUAUUUCGCUUUGCUAAACAAGAAAAUCAACUGUUUACUAUUAUUAUUAUGAUGAUGAUUAUUUAUAUUGUUAAUAGUUGUUAACUGAACAGAUUUGCAUGUUACACAGAUAUUGUACACAUAAGUGUACUUCUGUAUUGACCGAUUAAUGCUUCUUUCAAUCUUUUGUUUGUUUGUUUUCUAUUCAAAGAAUGAAAGCAUAUACACUAACAUUAUUUAUAAUAUUGUAUUCUAAUUCUACUCCUUUUACGUCUAUAAGCAAUAUUAUUCCCAUUUAUUAUUAUUAUAUAAUAUACGUCAUCAAGUUGUAACAAUGAUGUUUGAUUGGAGCAAACAACUAUCAACUAUACAUUGUGUUUUUCCUAACCUCACCCCCUACACCCGAACAAAUUGAACACCUUAAUGCCUUAUUACCCUAAUAAUUAUUAUGGCUUCUUGUUUCUUAGUAAAUUAUUAUUUAAAUUACCUAAUUUGACUAAAACUUACCUUUAAAUUUAAAUUAGUUAAUUAUUUUUUCUUUGUUUGCUUUUGUUGUUGUUGUUCUUUUACUGAUCUUGUGAAUUUGAUGAUAAUCAACGAUAACGGUAAAAAAAAAGUACAAUUUAAUUCUUUAUAAUUAUGAAUUUGAAGUAAAAUAUCUGUCUGAUGUCUGAAUAUAAUUUUAAUUACCUUAUAUGGUUUAUGUUGUUGUUGAUGAUAAUGAUGGAAUGAAAAUUUCCACAAAAUAUUUGAUUAUUAUUCACGUAAACAUUGAUACAAGAAGGCAAUAAAUAGAUAGGCAGUGGAGCAAUAUCAGGAGAUGCAGUUCUGUAGUGACCAACAAUAGGUUCAUACGCCGUUUCCCGACCGUUGUUGCUACCUUGACAUGGUGGUCGGGAUUACCUAUCGUGAUGAAGUAACCAAGCUAUAAUGGCUGGAACAACCGUUCCUCAAGGUCCUACCAUGUCAGAUAGGUCGGUUAAAGAGCGGUAAGACUAAAACCAACAAACCCAAGGUCCGAAGGCGAAGUCGUACUGCUGACUCUGUACAGAGGUGUGACAGCAGUAAGGUGUUUCCUUCAGACAACCAGCAUGACAGCAAUGCUGCCUUCUCACAAGUAGGGGUGGGGUUAGAAAAAGUCGACCCUAAAAAUGUACACCUCGCCUUAUCCCACGGAUAUCCG